AUGGCUUCGCACCGCACCGGCGGCACCCAACCUUCGGCCCCGCCGGCACCCGACACGGAACAGCCUCGUGUUGGCUAUCCCUACCAACCUCCUCCGUCUGGGCUCUCUUCUCCAUAUGCCCCAGUCGCUCACACUCACAGCAGCGGCGCCGGAGGCUCGUUCGGCCCGGAUCCGACCCGACCGCCUCAAGGAUACGGGUAUUACCCCUACCCUCCACCGCCGCAGCAUCAUGUUUACAGCUCGUUUCCGCCGGGUACUCACCCGGACGUGGUCCGGAGCUUCCAGAUGGUGGACAGGAACCAAAACGGAUAUAUCGAAGAAAAUGAGCUGCAAGAGGCUUUGGCUUGGAAUUACCAAAAAUUCAGCCGCAGGACUUUGCGUUUUCUCAUAUUUCUAUUCAGGAAUUCCCAGGAAUCUUUCUCUCGAAUCGGACCAAAGGAGUUUGUGGAUAUAUGGAGUUGUCUCGGCCAGUGGCGGUCAAUUUUUGAAAGAUUUGAUAGAGACCGAAGCGGGAAAAUCGAUGCUACGGAGUUGAGGGAUGCCUUAUAUAGUCUUGGAUAUGCAUUACCACCUUCUGUUUUGCAAGUUUUGAUUUCCAAAUAUGAUGAUGGCAGUGGACGUAAGGUGGAGCUGAGUUUCGACAGUUUUGUCGAGUGUGGGAUGAUUGUAAAGGGUUUGACUGAAAAGUUCAAGGAGAAGGAUCUACGAUAUACAGGUUCAGCCACUCUAUCUUACGACACGUUUAUGUCCAUUAUCAUUCCUUUCCUUGUUUCAGAUUAG